UGUUUAAUUCUUUACCCUGCUACAGUUAUGGAUUAUGUUGCUAGGCAGUGUUAAUUGCUGUUGAACGUGAUUUUAAGAGUGAACUCACAAACAUCAUAGUGACAAUCGUUUCCUGAAAGAAAACGGAGUUUUGCACCCCACUUCUUCCAAACUAACGAAGAGCAGCUAAGAAACGACGAAGAAAAAAAAAUGGGAAGCCAAAAUCUUUCUUUGCAUUGCACAAGUAAGCAGCUAAAGUUGUUAAGAAGACGAAAUAAUGUGCCUGUGUGCAAACCAUUGAAAACCUACACACACGUCAAAUGGGAAAUGAUUCACGGCGAAGAGCGUGACAGAUGUGUCGAGGCGCAUGCUUUGAACAUCACCGCAGCUAUAUACACGCGUGCAGGACCCGGGAGAAAAAUCAGUCUCUUCUGUCUCAUUUCUUCGACAGAUCAAGAAAUCGAUCUCGCAAGGUUGAUAAAAAUAAGGAGGAAAAGAAGCUCAUUUCUUUCUAUAUCGUCUGUUCUCUGCUUGUGUGUCAGCGUUAGAAAUGGGAAUGCAACAUACCGUUCAACUAGAGGCUGUCGCAACUGACGUAAUGAAUUCUAGUGGAAACGAAAUCAACGACGCGGAAAAACUGAUGGAGCCACAUUGGCGAAAUAAAACGGGGCACAUUAAUUCGAGUAUCGAUCCUCGAAAUUAUUCCGGGAUAUCACUGAUUGGAUCCAGUUAUGAGGACUAUUCGUUUUGGACCAAGGAACAGCUGAUAUUGAUUGAAAAUUUCCCUCCAAAUGCUUUUAUCGUGAUGGGAUUGAUCGUCUCAGUUAUUGCCAUUUCUGGACUUACUGCUAAUGGAAUGGUUCUCUUCAUCUUUUCGAGAUUCAAACAAUUGCGAUCACCUCCAGCCAAUACUUUCAUCGUUAAUUUGGCACUUAGUGAUAUGUCAGCUGCAGCUCUUCACUCCAUGGCUGCUUAUUCCAACUUCAAUGGAAGAUGGGCGUUUGGGCAAUUAGGUUGUGAGCUGUACGCUAUGGGAAUUACAUGCUUCGGACUGGUUUCCAUUUCGACAUUCAGUGCCAUCGCUUGUGAACGGUCACUCGUCAUUGGUUUAGCAGAAACUCGCUGGAGGGUCAGCAAAGCUCAAGCUCAAAAAGCCUGCGGAUUCAUUUGGCUCCAUUGCAUCAUUCUGGUGAGUUUGCCUUUCUUCGGAUGGUCAUCCUACGUUCCAGAAGGGUUGCUGACGACCUGCUCGUGGGAUUACAAAACCCGAACAACAUUCAAUCGGGCCUAUUACGUCCUACUCCUAACGGCUGGUUUCUUUCUUCCCGUCCUACUGAUUUUCGUCUGUUACGGGCGGAUUUUAGCGUCAGUCACGUUACAGGCACGUCAGAUGAUUUGCAUCAAUUCGCAGAACAGCGCCCUCCGCAAAUUGCGCCGGCAGACAGAAAUAAGAACGGCUCAGAUAGUUGUCACGCUUAUUCUUGUUUACCUAACAGCCUGGACUCCCUACGCCGUCGUAACGCUCAUCGGACAAUUUGGGCCGGAAGAAUAUCAGUUAUCGCCAAUGACAACAGCCAUUUCGGCCUAUUUCGCCAAAACAGCCGUCGUACUUGAUCCUUUAGUUUACGGAUUUUCUCAUCCUCAUUUCCGCAAUUCGCUCAGGCGUUACGUUUCAAACUUGCGUGCAUCCCGCAUCAGCAAAAUCGGCUCAGACAUGCGACCCCGCAAUAGUGGCAUAUCUAAAUGCAAUAGUAAAAGUUGGCCAGGCGGAAUGCCUAGCAGUUUUCAAUCGCGCGGAAUGACUAUUUAUCCAACAAGCGCUUGCUGCGCACUUCGUAUCUGUCAACCGCACAAUUGCACCCGGAUCUCUGUGGCAUCGAGUGAAGUUCCUAUUAGUGUAGUGGGAAAAAGUGAGCGCCGGAAUAGCCGAAUGUUGCGAACGUUUCGUGAAUUAUCGUUAAAUGACAUUAGAGAAACCAAUUUCUCUUCUAUUCAGUCUAAUUGCAUGACACCAGCUAGUAAGAGACCAUUCAUUAGACGGCAAAUGUCUACUCGGGUUCAAUCGGAUUUAUUGCAUAAUUUCAAGUACAAGGUACGUGAUGCAGAGUUUUACAGCGAGUGGUGUGGAUCGCCCACAUUAACAGACCAAAUUGCAGUCGAAGCUCGUUAAGUUUUCAAUAGAAAUUUUCGUUAUUUUACAAAUGUUUUGUUUUCUUUUUUU